AUGGCCACCAUGUCGCUUCAAGCUCUCUCGUCCGCGGCCACGCUCGUGCCGUCGCCAUCCGUCCUCAAGGCUUCCGCCACCACGAGGACAAAUGCCGCGGCUGCGUCGAAGCGGACUGUCGUGCGCGCUCUCAAGAGUGACAGCACCGAGGGUGGUCGCGAGCAGGAGGGCGAGAGCGGCGCCUCGUGGGGGGAGCGAUGGCGGCAGCAGCACGCGGCGGCAGCGGUGGCGCUGGCGGCCGCAGCGGCUGUGGCGGGCCCCUUUGUGCCUGAUGCCGCAUUGGCAUACAUCGGAGGAGGUCCGUACGGUCGCGAGGUGACACGUGGCCAGGACCUGACGGGACGGGACUACAGCGGGCUGGAUCUGCGAGGCCAGGAUUUCAAGACGUCCAUUCUGCGCCAGGCGAAUUUCGCCGGGGCGAACCUCAUAGGGGCCUCCUUCUUCGAUGCCGACCUCACAGGUACCACCUCCCCCUGCCCCUUGCCGUCUCACAGGUACCACCUCCCCCUGUCCCUUGCCGUCUCACAGGUGCCACCUCCCCCUGCCCCUUGCCGUUUUAUGGGUACCACCUCACCUCGCCGUCUCACAGGUACCACCUCCCCUCGCCGCCUCACAGAGAGCACCUUUGGAGUGGCGAAUGCAUCGCGCCCUCCAUCUUCCCCUCUCCCCUCUACCCCCUUUCCACGUCUCCUUUCCUGCUCGGGAUCUCUUCCAUCAGCCUUGCUUUGCUUGCCAACCUCGUACCUCUCCCCCCCCGUUCACCCCCCUCUUCACUCCUUGAGGGGACUUCACGCCGUCCGCCUCCAUGCUCCCCGUCUCUCUCCCCCCCAACACACAUCAGGAGCGGACUUCACGGGUGCCAAUCUCACUGGUGCUGACUUCUCCCUCACCAGCGCAAACAAGGUGCGCACUCAAAAGCACCCAGCGCAAACAAGGUGCGCACUCAAAAGCACCCAGCGCAAACAAGGUGCGCACUCAAAAGCACCCAGCGCAGCCAAGCUGGGAAAAGGUGCGGUGGGUGGCACCAAGGCGGCAUUACACCCGUCCUGA